AUGUAUUGCGUGCAAUGCACGUUGAGACUUAAAACUGAAGAAGAACUGGCAAAAGUAGAAAGAGAUGAAAUAACAGCAUGGAGAAGACUGCUUGAUACAUUAAAAUGGACAAUUAAAGUAUGCUAUGUUCUCUGUCCACCAGUACCAAGUUUAAUGAUCCAAAAAGCUGCUUUUCAUCCUCCAAAACAUUGUCAUUACUAUUUUCUAAUUGGUGGAAAGGCUAACAAUCGCCAACAUUUUCGCGAUGCAAAAAGCGCUCGGGAAAGUACCGAUUUGACCAUCUGCUUGCCGCAUUUAUUGUUACCAAAAUUUAAAAAUUCAGAUGUCGCAGACCAGCUGUUGCGGAUUGAGGUCCAUUUAAUAACAUCAGCUAAUGACGAUACUAUGGUGGCGCUUUAUGUCCGAUGUGAGAAAUCUUACCAAUGCAAAAAAUCAGCGCCUUAUGUAAUACUUUUCGCCCAGCCAAAUAGUUCAGAUCUUGGAUCGUGUAUGCUUACCGACCCUAACUUGGUUGAUAUAGCAGAUUUUUUACAGUGUGAUCUAAUGGCAUUUGACUACAGUGGUUUUGGGUUGAGUACUGGAACUCCAACAGAAAAAAGCGUUUAUCAGAAUAUGGAGACCGUUUAUCACUAUUUAAUUGAAGAAAUGAGGGCACAACCAAAUGAAAUAAUCCUAAUAGGAUUCAGUAUGGGCACCGCAGUUGCUAUUCAUUUGGCGUCACGUGAAAAAGUGGCGGGAUUGGUUCUAAUUGCCCCUUUCACAUCACUAUUACGUGUUCUUGGACGCAAACCGGAUAGUAAAAAGACCUGUUGUUUGGAUCAGUUCUCAAGCAUCGAUAAAGUGUCAAAAGUACAUUGUCGUACAUUAAUCUGUCAUGGAGUGAAGGAUGCGAUUGUUUCGAUUAAUCAUAGUAUUGUAUUACAAAAGCGACUCCCAAACGCUACAAAACCUUUUUAUCUUGAUGAAGCUACUCAUCAAGGCAUAUAUUGCGAACGCAAAAUGUGGAACCGCGUGCAACAGUUUCUGUUUCAUGAGCUUGAUAAUAGCAGGAAAUGGAAUGAACCAGUGAAAACGAAACGAGCAUUUAUUGAUUAUAAUUUUUAA